GAUUCAUUUAGAGUGGAGCCUCUCUCGCCAAUGGGCAACCGUUCCCCCUUUGCGAAGAAGAAUGGUUCGUGGUCCAGAUCCGAAAGGAAGAAGCGGUUUAACAAUUUCAACCGCUACGUGCGUGGCCCUUUGCGGGAAUCUGUCCUCUGCAGCAUUGGCAAGGAAGUGGACAUUCCUCUGAGCCUUUGCUUGAUCUGCUUUUUGCCAUUAAUCUUCUACUCUGCAGUGAGCGUCCUUGGCUGCGACGGGGACAGAUGCGACGUCACCGCGAAACAGGUGGGCUACGCUACCGGCUCACAGUAUUUCGUGGCCAACUCAUUGAGCUGGGUGUUGGGAUUUGGUAUAAUUAUACCAACAACCCAGCCGCUGCUGCUGCGAAUGGUCAAAGUCAUCGUCACGCUUUCCAAGAAUGUGCCGGUCCAGGUUUGCUGUACAGUUGUAUCCACGUUCCUGGCCUACCUGUGGGUCUUCUCAUGGCAGGGACUGGUGACCGCGACCAUGACAACCGCCCUCUUCAGAGAAACUUCGCCAUUCUUUCUCCUUGCUUUGGCCAUUCAGCUCAUCCUGCUUACCUUCCAGAUGUGGUACCUUUUCUUUCAGCCGUCGCAGAUUCAGGGAGUCACUUUGCAAGAGGACUGCUACACUGAAUUUUGA